UUAACAGUGCAGACAUUUUUGAUUGAUAAUAAAUUUUGCUGGCUAGAUAAGUAUGGACAUUUUAUGAAGACAUUCUUGAGAAAUCAUUGAUAUUCAGAUGUGAGGGUUAUCAAAAAAAAAAAAAAGAAAGAAAGAAAAAGAACUAUGCUGGAAGUCUUGGAAUGGAUGGAAAACAGUCUUGAAUAUAUAGACUAUGUUUCUCAGCUAGAAGAAGCUGGUCAAGAUAUUCUGAUAGACAAAGAAAGAAUUAUAGAUUAUAGUAGAAGAAACAAUGCACUCAGGGAAGGUAAAAGAGCUUUACAAAGUGAACUGAAAAAAGAUCGACCAACAUCCAAAACAUGGUUGUGUUUUGGUAAUAUGUUCAUCAAAUGCCAUACUACAAAAGCUCUGACCAUUGUUGAGAAAGAUGAAAAAAUGAUUGAAGAUGAAAUUAACAGUUUAAGAGACAACUUAAAAGUUAAAGUUGAUAACCUAAGGAAACUAGAAGGAAAAUCGGAACACAAAUUUAAUUUAACACCUUUGUCAAAAGAAGAAAUGAAAGCUAUGAGACACCUAUUGCCUACAGUCACUUAAUUCAUGUAUGUAACAUUUUGUUCAUGUAAAUAAAUUCAGAAUAAUUACCAA